GUACCUACUACCUACAUCGUAUCUACUUGGUUUUAAUAAGAUAAAUUUAUUUUAUUUUUUUAUAAAAUAACAUGUCAAAAACAACAUCGUUGGACAUCGAUGGAAUGAGCGCUGAAGAGAAAAUUGAACAAAUUAAAAUGAUGCGAGAUUUGAUUCGUUUGAAAGAGAAGUCUGGAGAUGGGUGUAGUUCUGCGUUUCAAAAAAUCGGGAAAAAAAAAAAUCUUAUCAGCGAUACAGUAAUGUCAGCUGUAUUUGUUACCAGUUUUGUUUUAAUCGUGGCAAUGGCAUUAUAUUCGUUUCGAACUCUAUACCUAGCCAUACAGAAAAAAUUUCCUUCUCAACACACAGAAUUGUAAUAACAGACACAAAACAAUCAAAAAUGUAUCUUUGACUUAGACAUUUACUUUAAUAUAAUAAUAUGUAAGUAGUUUUAAAAUU